UCCUCUACCCCACACCCACAUCCCUGUUCCAUUUUUCUUGCCGACCUACUCCCCUCCAUCUUCUCUCCUUUCUCAUCUAAUAAUUCAUCUCUAUCCUUUCUCAUCUCAUAAUUCAUCUAUCACAUGCUUGGACGUAAUAAUUUUUUCCCCAAUUUCUCCAUGUGUGUCUGCUUAUAAAUGUUUGGAUGGUGAAUCUGCGCAUCUCCGGCGACCGCCGAUGGGCGGUGGCGAAAAUGUUGCAGAGACAAAGGUAGCUGUGGAGAUGGUGGCGGAGGCGCCGCCAAGAAGCGUCCGGUGUAUGGCAGCAACGUCGGUCAGUGGUGGAAGAGGCGACUCUGAUGAUGACAUUGGUGGCGGUGACAGGUGGUAGAGCUACCAGCGGCAGAGGCAAACGACGCGGCGGCAGAGGCGGACGACACGGCAGAGGCGGACGACGCGGCGGCGGCGGUGGACAACGCGGCGGCGGACGAUGCGACGGAGGCAGUAAUGGAUGAUGGACCAACGGCGGCAGAAUAGAGCUACAAAAUUGUCAAGGAAGCUAGCAGACUCCUUUCUCUCUAAUCUCCGGCCAAAAUCUCAGUUCCAGAGCUCUUUCAGGUGCUUUUAUGUAUACAGCUAUAGGGAGAAAGUGAGGUACACAUGUGUAAAUUCGAACGGCGAUGUAGGGGGUACUGAUGAGGAUCGAAUUGGGGCGAGGUUGAAGGAAAGGUGGAGCGAUCGUAAUGCGGGCUAAGGAAAUGCCGCAUCCACUCUGCUGCAUAACUUUGGCGAGCGGCGCGAUCGGUGACCGGUCACCGGAACCGUCGGCGGUUUUGCUACGGACCGGUUCUGCGGUCGUCGGAUCUGAUGCCAAUGCUGGGGGCGUUGCUGGUGUGCUCUACAAGUGGACCAAUUACCACAAGGGCUGGAGAUCCCGCUGGUUUAACCUCCGCAAUGGCUUUCUCUCUUAUUCCAAAACUUGUCACCCUGACUACGCCUCUUUGACCGCCGACGACGUUAAACUGAUCGGUCAACUCCCAUCCAACGAUCCUCGCCGCCCUAAACACCGCAAAACCAUCCGCAUUGUUCAUCUCAAGGUAUCUUCAUUUCGUGAGAGCAGAUCUGAUGAUAGGAGGUUUUACAUAUUUACAGCUACCAAGACUCUUCACCUUAGGACAAAUUCAAGACAAGAGAGAGAGGCUUGGAUAGAAGCAUUGGUUUCAACCAGAAAUGUCUUUAUGCUUAGACCAUCAGCUGAUAAUCUCUCCAUUUUACCCAGGAGUGUAUCUGUAUCAACUGACAAGCUGAAGAAGCGUUUGCUUGAUGAGGGAGUUGGUGAGGGACUUGUCAAUGAGUGUGAGGAGAUCAUGCUUUCUGAAUUGUCUGAAAUGCAAGGUCAACUUCAAUAUCUCUGCGAGGAGCGUACAAGUCUGUUAGAAACUUUACAACAGUUGGAGGGGACCGAUAUUGAAACCGAGGCUGCUAGAGUUCCUGAGGGCGAGUACCAAUUAUUGAGUAGUGAAUAUCCAAAUUUAGGACAUGGAAAGGACAGUGAAUGGAGCACUACUGAAUCAUCUGAUGAUGUUGAGAAACAAGAACUCGAGGAAGCAUCGGUCGAAGAGGAAACUAGAUUUUUUGAUACAAAUGACUACUUUUCUGAUCCUUCUGUCAGUCACGGGUCAGCAGUAGGAGAUCAAAUUGAUAAAUGCUUGGAGCUUCAGAAAUCAGCUAAUGAUAUGAUGCAAAGGAAUGCUGGUAGUCAAUCUUCCAUGUGUCCACAAGUAGAAAGGCGAAAAAGACUACCCGAUCCCAUUGAAAAAGAGAAAGGAGUUAGUUUAUGGUCUAUGAUCAAAGACAAUGUGGGGAAAGAUCUCACACAAGUUUGUCUUCCCGUGUACUUCAAUGAACCCUUAUCAUCCCUUCAGAGAAGCUUUGAAGAUUUGGAGUACUCCUAUCUCUUAGACAAGGCAUACAAGCAUGGAAAAGAGGGUAACACUCUACAAAGGAUUUUGAACGUUGCUGCUUUUGCUGUUUCUGGAUAUGCAUCAACUGAAGGCCGACACUGCAAGCCUUUCAAUCCUCUGCUGGGAGAAACCUAUGAAGCUGACUUUCCCGAGAAAGGAAUCCGGUUCUUCUCUGAAAAGGUCAGUCACCACCCAACACUUAUUGCUGGUCAUUGUGAAGGUAGAGGCUGGAAAUUCUGGGGUGACACUAACCUUAAAUCUAAAUUUUGGGGGAGAUCAAUUCAACUCGAUCCUGUUGGAACUCUAACCUUAGAAUUCGAUGAUGGGGAGACUUUUCAGUGGAGCAAGGUCACAACUAGUAUAUACAACCUAAUUCUUGGCAAGGUAUAUUGUGAUCAUCACGGAACGAUGCAUAUACAUGGUAAUCGCCAAUACUCAUGCAAGCUGAAAUUCAAAGAGCAAUCUCUUCUUGACCGCAACCCCCACCAGGUUCACGGAUUUGUUGAAGAUGUCGCGGGCAGUAAGGUAGCAACACUAAUUGGAAAGUGGGAUGAGAACAUGUAUUACUUAAGUGGGGAAUGUAAUAGCAAGCCAAAAGAUUUGUCUGGUUCAUCCUUAUUGUGGGAAAGCAAUAAACCUCCACCAAACCUCACCCGAUACAACAUGACUCCUUUUGCAAUUACACUGAAUGAGUUAACCCCAGGACUCAAGGAAAAGCUCCCACCGACUGAUUCAAGACUAAGGCCUGAUCAGCGUUCGCUAGAAAAUGGAGAGUAUGAUAGAGCAAACGAAGAGAAGCUGCGUCUGGAGACACGGCAGAGAAUGUCCAGGAAAUUACAAGAAAAUGGAUGGAAGGCUAGAUGGUUCGAAAGAGGAGAAGAUGGGAAUUUCCGGUAUGUAGGUGGAUACUGGGAAACACGUGAGAAUGAGGAAUGGGAUGGAUGCCCUGAUAUAUUCGGCAAAAUCGAUGAAAGCCUCGUCGACUCUUAUGCUGGCAGCUGAGCUGGAUCCUCCCAACUUCAAAUUGAGACUUCUUAAUCUUUUCACCAUCAGCCUAGCUCCUUGAGGUAGAGGCUUAAGGGUUUGUUUGCAAUCACUUAAGAAAAGUGAUUUUGACUUUUUUUAUUGAGAAAAAAACACUUAUUUUAUCAAACACUAUCAACUUUUACUUUCUCGAUUUUCGUGUAGAAUCUACUUUUUACUUUUUCUAUUACACAAAAAACACUUAUUUUACCAAACAUUACCAACUUUUACUGCUAAUCACUUUUUCCCAAAAAGUGCUUUUAUUUAAGCAGAAGUGGUUGCAAACAAAGCCUUAGUCGACCGGCCGUGAAGAAUAAUCACUUCCUCAACAGGAAGCGGCUCUCAAACCUAGCUAUUGUAGUGGAUAGUUUGGUGCCCUAUUUUCCUGGGUAUAUAGUUGUUUUGACAAUUUCUUUCCUCCUCUUAUACCCUAGCUAGGCCUAAUAUAUACUCCGUAUUCGAGCUUCUAGUAUGAUUUCAUAUUUAUUGGUUAGGAAAUCUUGCGUAUUCUCUUUUUACCCAAAGUCAAAUAGUAAUAAUAAAUGAAAAACGAAUUGUAUCGAGUCUACGAAGAUAAGUGUUGUAUAGCUUGAUAUAUUCAAAUUCAUGAAAUUGAUAGUGCGUUCUCAUGUUAA